CGUAUGCCCUUGACAUUCACAGCACUAUAGUGCUAAUUAAACACAACAAACAAAACAGAAACAAAACUCCUGCAAAGCACCAAUAAUUUAAGACUAAAUUUGGGGUCAGAGAUUUAGUUAAAGAGAGGGAAAUGGAAAACACUAGCCUGCAUUUGCAAGAAAAGAGUUUUGUUUCCAUUUUUGAAAGCCACACACACACACCCUUUGGGGUUUAGAAGUAGCAGAAGGUUUCAUCCUUAAAAGAAUGAAUUACAGUUGACACCCUUCACUGCUAAUCCUGAACCAGAAGUGUUCUUUCAUUUCUUCGUUAAUAUACUUUGCAAAAUAAUUGUGUUUAAAGUAGGCCUAUCAGUUGGGGACUGUUAGCCUUACUUCCAAACACAGCUUCAAAGGCAUUCCUCCUCACUCACAUUCUUGUUUUUGUGCCUGUCCUCUGGGUUCAUUUCCCUCCCUACCCGAAAGUGAUUUGGACUAGUGUCUAAGAAAAAAAAAAGGGGGGGGGGGGAGAGAAUCGUCAAACCUGAACCAGACUGGGACAACCUCCCAGCAUUCUUUAAAAAAAACACCACCAUAUUUUUUCAAGUACGGUUUUGGUGGAUUAGUUCUCACAAAAACAAAUUUAGGGUUAAAAAAACCUAGCUACUAGAUUAGCAACUGCAUAAUCUACUGUCACGCAUCGCAUAUGUUUGAGAUCAUAGGUGUAAAUCGAGGUCACCUCCUACCCGAGUUAUGAGUGGAGAGUUCCGUGUAAGGGGUGCCUAGGUUUGGGUGAGAAGGUGAGAUCUCGUCUGCACGGUGCUGUACUUUCUUAUUGUCACGGUUUCUCAGCGGGGCUGGUAACCUUCCCCAGAGAAACCUUGUGUAUUUAGCAGCAUGUGUAUUUAAUGGUCCCGAAAGGGUUUUGUUUUGUGUCUGAACAGAUUGCUAAAGAAACGAAUCCGGCCAAAUUAAAAAGAGAGAAAGACAACCCCUAGGUGGCGUAAAUUGGAAAACAGGAUUGAUUUGCAAACUGCGAACUGAUUUCCAAACUGCUCAGGUUCAAAUAGCCCCCGGAGCAGAUCUCUAGGGGCUGGCAGGCACAGCCGAGAAGGAAGGGAGGCGGGGAAGAAGAGGACGCAGAGUGGGAGCGAGGGGCGAGCAGAGAGGCUGCCCUGGUCGGAGAAAUGGAGAAGAGCUAAAAGUUCCUCAAAACUUUACCCGGAGGAGGCAGAGGAGGGGAUCGCGGCGAACCUGGGGCUAGAGCCGACGGGGUGGAGCCGCCACGGCACUCGCAGGAGCCAGGCAACAGGCUGGGACGACUCUGCCUCCCAAUUGGCUGGGGAGAUCAGCGUGUGUCGGAGGGGAGGGCCAGGCAGGCGACUCGCCGCCUUUCCUUCCCCCGCUCCCUGGAGGAAGCCCUGGGCGUGACGUGCGUGGCUCGCAGGGGGGCCCGGUGCAAGCUCCCCCCCUUCCCCAGGCAGGCAGGGGGAGGAGUGAGGCGGGCAGAGCCGGGGAGCGGGGCUGUGAGCGCUCAGAGAGCCGAGGGACUGGCGGGAGCUGCUGCCGCACCUGGUGCGUUGUGACAGGGCAGGGCUCCAGCGCGGCGCCGCGUUCCGCCGCGGGGCUCUGCGUUGGCUGCAGCUCUCCAGCGCGGCUCCCUGCUCUCCCUCCUGCGCUUGCCGGGCCGGCGGGUGGCAGCGGCGGCAGCGGCUCUGCCCCGGCCCCCAUGGCUUCAGCCGGCAGCGGGAUGGAGGAGGUGCGCGUGUCGGUGCUGACCCCGCUCAAGCUGGUGGGGCUGAUGUGCAUCUUCCUGUCGCUGUGCCUGGAUCUGGGAGCCGUGCUGAGCCCGGCCUGGGUCACGGCCGACCAGCAGUAUUACCUGUCCCUGUGGGAGUCCUGCCGCAAGCCUGGCAACUUGGACAGCUGGCUCUGCGAGUCCACCCUGCACAGCGACUGGCAGAUAGCGACUCUCGCUUUGCUUCUGGGCGGUGCUACCAUCAUUCUCAUAGCUUUCCUGAUUGGUUUGAUCUCGAUCUGUGUGGGUUCUCGAAGGCGGUUCUACAGACCACUCGCAGUCAUGCUUUUUGCAGCAGUUGUUCUUCAGGCGUGCAGCCUAGUCCUUUAUCCAGUCAAGUUCAUCGAGACAGUCAACUUGAAAAUAUACCAUGAGUUCAAUUGGGGCUAUGGCCUGGCUUGGGGUGCAACUAUAUUUUCAUUUGGGGGUGCCCUCCUUUAUUGCCUGAACCCUAAGAUCUAUGAAGACUACUACUAGUACCACUUUAGUUUGAGAAAAAGAAAAGAAAUAACAAGAGGAUUACUCCGUCUUUUCUAACUCGCUAUUUUUGAGAAUAUUCGUGGAGCACCAAGCAGUCUGCUCUGUUGAUUUAAUAGCCUUUGCCUUUUGGCUGCAAACACUGUAACUAGCUUUUACAUCCAUUUAAGAGAACUGCGAAAAUUAAGAUUGCUGAGCUUACACAGGCAAACGUUGGAAGCCGCUGAUACUUUAAUGUCAUUUUUCUUGACAACAAGCAAAGGAUCUACAUCCAGCGAUCAUUGUGAGAGACGUUGCUGGAAUGAAAAUGCAGUGCCUGCUUCUGCCAUGGCCUGCAGGGGAGCAGCGGGCAUAAGCUCCAUUUAGAAGUUUCCUUAUCAUGGCGGAUUCAGAUGUCAUGAUAGCAGGUGGUGCCAUCUUACAUCAAUAAGUGGUGUUGGUCCCUGGUCACUUGCUAGAAAAAGCUCUUGAGGAAUUAGUUGCAAGUGACCAUGUGUUGGGGGCAAAGAAUGUAAAUGAUCAAUGACUUUCCUAAUGUCUGCAUUGGAUAGUCUGCUGAAAAAACAACAGGAGUUUAUGCAUUGGCAAUCCACAUCUUCCCUGCCAACUGUGGCAGAUCCCUGAAGGGAAGUCAGAACCUGGAGACAUAUGCUUCUAAUUAUGUGGCUGGAAGUUGUCUCAGCUUUGAGUAUUGUGAGGUGGUGUGGGGUGAAGGGUAACAGGGCCUCGAAUUUCCCUGUGGCAAAUAAAAUGCAUGUAUGAGCUGCAUUUGUCUUCAUGCCCUUUUAAUUUCCAAACUGUACAGUAAAAAUGCAUAAGUAACAAGUCCAACUAUUUUUAUAGAAGGCAUUUGUUAGUAUAAAUGAAUAUAUAUAUAUAUAUAUAUUCAUGCAGAGGAAGAAACACAUUACAUCUUAAAAUGGUAAUAUUUGCUGUGGCGCAGUGGUUAAAGCACUAACUGUGUAUGCCUUCUUAAGAGUCUUGGACCGCUAUCUCCAUUUUGGAUCAGUAAUGAAAAAUAAACAUCUUAAAAUCAGUUGCUCUCUCUGUAUGCCCUUAUGCUCUGUUUUGAUGGGAAAUACCUAAAAGUUCAUAUAAAUUUGAGGUGGAAUUGGAUUAAAUCUAAAAUAACUAAUUGCUUGGUACUUAUUAAAAAUAUUUAUUUUUUUAAAAAGCUGUUUAUUAGAGAGAGACUGCCACUUUCUAAAAAUUCAGUUACUUUGUCUCUAAUUGAAAGAACAUAGCUGAGAUCUAGUUAUGUACAGUAUAAAAAUGUUAUCAGUACAGUAUGUAAGCUCAGAUAUUUGUUUUUCUCUGAGUGUAAAGGGUUGAUUGACAUCUGUCUAAUUACUGCUUGCUGAAUGUUUCCCACUUAAAACUUCCAGAGGCUAUACAAAUGAAAUGAGACCCAAGUUAAACUAGGGUGGAAUUUUUAAAUUGACUUACACAGCAUAACUUUUAUUUUUGUUUAAUAUUUGCUUAUUUGGGUACUUUGAAUUAAUUGUGAACAUAUUUUUAUAUAGUUCUAAUAUACAACUUUAGAAAUAAUUAUUUUUGUUAAUGGAGAAAUUUAAAAUAUAUCCUAGUUGGACCUCUGUAAGAACAGGGACUUUGAAGCUGUAAAAAUGCAUUCGUAUAGUUGAUGUAUUGCUAGUUCUGCAAAAAGAUUGCAGAAUUACUUACUAUAGGAGAUGGUCCUAAUGUUGUUAAAUGUACUCGCCACAGUUUACAGAGAGGCAAUUCAGCAAUAGGUAUAGAAGAAGCAUAAACCUGCUUGCAGCCUGUUGUGUUUUUUUAAGUAUUUCUGUCAAAUUACCCUGUUCUUAACAAACCUAGGCCUCUCUGGGAUAGAGCAUGUAAUAUCACAGGAGAAAUAGUCAGCAUCAGCACUCUUCCCUGGAUCAGUGAUGAUUAGCUAGACUAGGAUGACAGAGCAAGAUGAUAGCUUCACUUAAAUGUUUUUGUGUGGCCUGCUGAAGGAUGAGGGUAAAAGGGCAUGAGGGAAGGGAGGAGAGCACCUUUCACUUUAUCUCGCAGGCAGCUGAGAAUAUUUGGAACUUUGCAUUUUUUCCUGCGUGACUUAACCACAUUCCAGGCCUUGGCUUUAACUGCAAAUCUUUCUGGACUGCAACAUAACACUGCUCUUAUUUAGCAGCAUUAGGAACAUUGUGUGAUGGAACAGGAAUUAGGCUAAUUUUAAGAAGUCUACUGUUAGUGGAUCUCUAUUCCUUUCUAGGGGAAACAGUGCUUUGGUGCUGACAAUUACACAGCACUUUGCUUAGUACAAAGAGAGGAAGCCGUACAAUGCUAGACCUAUAUCAUAUCUACUAAUCUUACUAAACUCCCUCUUUCUCAUUCUAUAUAGCUAGAGAGAACAUAUUCAGUGGGCACAUAAGUUCCACAUAUACUGGAAAACACACAGUUCAUGUUAGGAAAACAUGUUCAAACUUGAGUGCCUAAAGUUAGGAUCCUAUAUCCAUACUUGGGCAUCAAAAGUUGGGGCCUGAUUUUUCAGAGGUUCUGAAUACCUGCAACUUCCAUUAAAGAUAAUGGGAUCUACAGGUGAUCAGCACAUAAUCAGUUAACUGCCAUUGCAGGGGCUGUGGGCAUUGGUGGUACCUUGGUCUCUUCUGUUCUCCGCCUGUGAGACAGAGCUUAGUUUCCUGAGGACUGAAAUGUUUUGGUCUAACUCAGAAGCAUCUGAGUGAAAUGUAAUGGCCUGUAUUAUGUUAGUCAGUGUAGAUGAUCUAAUGGUCCCUUCUGGCCUAAAACUCAAUAAAACUAGUGGGGUUUGUGUGGGGGGAAACUUAUCAGAGUCGAGUCCUUUUUAUUUAGUAGCCCAAGUGUGGGAUUAAGCACCUGAU